AUGGUGGCAAAUCGUUUAAGGAAUCUGGUUUCCUUAACUAGGGGUGCUGUAAGGGAUGCUCGUCAAGUCCUUGAUGAGUUGAUAAACUCCCUAGGGCCAAGGCCACAACCAGCUCUGGUUAGAGUACCAAUAAGAAAUCAAAGAGGUCCAAGGUUCCCUGUUCCAAAUAAGCGUCAUUUUAGUACUGCAACUGCAUUUAGAUCAGCUUCAACUAUCAAUAGCUUCAAACAACCAAAGUUCUUUAAACCAAUCAAAGGUGGUAACAUCGCUGGUAAAUUAUGGCCAUAUUCAGCUUUUAGAAGACCAGCUAUCGGUAAAGGUCCAUUUCCUAGUGGAUUAUACAGAAACUUUGUCAAUUUAAAUUCAAGAAACUUUUCAACAUUUGGUGGAAGUGCUUCAAGAGAAGCUGUUCAAAACUUGACAGCCAAUUUAAGAUGUUUUUUAAAUAAUGGUGGUGAUAUCAUCAUAAAUACCAAAAUGACAAAGACUCCAAGUCAACAUAUGACCUAUCAUGGUUGUGUCAGUCAGAGUGAAGCUCCACAAACUUUUGCUUUGGCUAGAACAGAAUCUACAAAUGUCUCAAGUGUUGGUUCUUUUGUUGAAUUCACUUUCCCAAAAUUAAGAUUAUCUAUUCCAACAAUGUCAUUUAUUAAUUCCGAAAUUAUUGGUUCUAUUCAAAAUGAUUUAGAUUUGAUCAAGGAACAAAUUGAUGAAAUUUCUAAGCAAGUUCAAGUUAUUUCUGAUUCAUAUGGCUCAUUACCAUUGGAGAGGCGAAAAGAUUCAAUACGGAUUCAUUUCCCCAAUUCAGAUACUGAAGACGUUGAACGUUUAUUAAUUGAACUUGGUGUCAAUAAAGGGAUUGUUUAUUCAAAUGAAGUCAACGAUGUACCAGAAAUGUCAAGGGAUUCCAGCAGUUACGGUAGCCUUACUGAUGAUGAUUUGACAUCAUUGUCUGAUAUGGUUGAAAAUGCUAUACCUGAUUUAAUCUCCACAGGUAGUGAAACAUCAACUGUUGAAUCAAGAGAAUUUCUGCCAAUCUUAUCCAGUUCAGAAGAGCUGAAAACACAUUCAGAAUCCGGAGAAUCAUUAUAUUUUACUGAUGGUGCUUCGCCUGUUAUUAUUACAUAUCCUCAUACUUUUAGUGAGAUAUCUGUGUGA